GGGGGGGGUGAUGGCGGCGGGUCCCGGGGGAGCGUCGUCGUCGUCGUCGUCGUCGUCGUCGGUAGCGGCGGCGGCGGCGGGCGGGGGAGCCGGGUGGCGGCUGCCGGGGCGAGUGCUGGAGCUGGUCUUCUCCUACCUGGAGCUGCGGGAGCUGCGGAGCUGCGCGCUGGUGUGCAAGCUGUGGCACCGCGUCCUGCACGGCGACGAGAACAGCGAGGUGUGGCGCAGCCUGGCCGCCCGCUGCCUGGCGGAGGAGGCGCUGCGCACCGACAUCCUCUGCAACGUGCCCACCUACAAGGGCAAGGUUCGUGCCUUCCACCACGCCUUCAGCACCAACGACUGCUCCAGGAACGUCUACAUCAAGAAGAACGGCUUCACGCUGCACCGCAACCCCAUCGCCCAGAGCACGGACGGGGCCAGGACCAAGAUCGGCUUCAGCGAGGGCCGCCACGCCUGGGAGGUGUGGUGGGAGGGCCCGCUGGGCACCGUGGCCGUCAUCGGCAUCGCCACGAAGCGGGCGGCCAUGCAGUGCCAGGGCUACGUGGCCCUGCUGGGGAGCGACGACCAGAGCUGGGGCUGGAACCUGGUGGACAAUAACUUGCUGCACAACGGGGAAGUCAACGGCAGCUUCCCUCAGUGCAACAACGCGCCGAAAUACCAGAUAGGUGAAAGGAUUCGAGUUAUCCUGGACAUGGAAGACAAAACGUUAGCAUUUGAGAGGGGCUAUGAGUUCUUGGGAGUUGCGUUCAGAGGACUGCCAAAAGUUUGCCUGUAUCCGGCAGUGUCUGCUGUGUAUGGUAACACAGAAGUGACUUUGGUCUACCUGGGAAAACCUUUGGAUGGAUGACAUGGAUUGUUUCGUUGGGACGUCAAGAUGUGGAUGACUGGGAGGAGAAAUCUGCAUGUUGGUUAGAGGGAAACGUGUAUUAAAAAAAAAAAAAAAAAGUGUGGGUGUGUGUCCAAGAACCAUCAAGGAAACCGUACAGAAUUUUGAAACGGAGGACCAGCCAUACUUCAGGAAUUGUGUUACAUUUCCUCUUUCUACCAGGCCAGAAAAAUCCUCAGGGUUGCAGUUGGUUGAGUGGGAAGCUGACACAUGCAUGUUGCAACAGAUUUCAUUGCUAAGAUGGCAGUGUGUGACCUCAAAUAUUUAACGAAGGAUUUGAUAUAAAACUGCUUGAGGAAAUUAACCUGAGAUUUGUAAGUAGCGUGUUUUGUGAAAGACUCCCAUUUUAAAACUGCUUGUUCCUUUCCUUCCCUCCUUUGGGCCGACAUGGGUACCAGAGGAGAGCAAGUCUGGUUGGGUUUUAUUUACAGUUUUUAACAUACUGAGAAGCAUGGUCUGUCUGGACUGCCCUUCUCCAGUAUAAUGAUAUAAAAUGUGUGCAGCUAUUUUUAAGUGUAUUUUAAGAAUUGUAUAUAUAGACCAUGUUGAAAAGAACAGUUAAAACAAAAGAAAGGGUUUGCUUUAUUCUAACUGGAAUAUAAUUUCUUAAAGGGGAAAAAAAACCAAACCACUACAUGGCAUCAGAAAAACCUUGGACAGGUGUAUAACAUUCAUGUAAAUGUACUUCUGUUGUAUUGUAAAGCAUUUUGGGAUGCUCUUGUGGAGUACGGUGCUACAUUGGCUCAUUUUCUGUGUAGCUGACAGCUUCUGUAGCUUUAACGAUAGUUUUGUUCUCUGUAGGAAAUGCAAAAAGUGUGCCCUGGAAGUUUUCUUUUGCCAGAAUUCAUGGUCCACCUUUAAGAAAGGAAGCUGCAACACAGUGCUGAGCUUGUCUUCCUUUCGAGGUCAAAAAAUACAAGCUUUUAAAAGCGUUCUUACGCUUUCUAAUCACUGUAGUGAAAUGUUUCAAAAGAAUGAGGAGGCAACGUUCAGCUUCUUAGUCGAUCUUAGUUUCAAUUUAAAUGGCUUUUCAAGGCUUUACGACUUCGCCUUUAAUUAUAAAAUCCCUCGGUACCCAAGUAUUCACUUGCCAGUUUUCAGUCAGGACUGUCAGAAUUCUCGCCUCCGUUUGAUGGGGAUUCUGGAUUGGGUUCAAUGUUUGUGCUUUUUACUUUGCACUGUUCUUCUAAAAUCCUCUUAAAAAACUGCCUGGUGUGCCGCUGCUCUGGCACGUGCAAGCUGAAGAGGCUGUGCAGCUUAGGGGUAUGGGAAGGAGCUGCUUUCUGGGGAAACUGAGGUGGAAAGGUCUGUAGAGAGCUGCAGAAGGGCUCCUUUUAAAACAGGGACUGAAGCCUGUGCGCCCUCUGGUUCUCUCUCGGCUCUCACUUCUCGUUCACUGGUGUUUCCCAAAGCUUCACAGAGCGAAUUGGACUGUUUUGGAGUUAUUGGUGGUGUGCUGUUCAGAGAGGGUGGAGGAAGUCUUUAUACAACCUCAUUUUGUUUUAUUUGCAUUGCAGAAUGUGAAUUGCUUGACCUCGGACACUGACAAUUCUCUGAGCCGGGGGGAAUUUUUCUUAGGCUGUGCUCGUUUACCCCCCAGUACUCAAGUGACGUGAGGAAAGUGGCACGAGCAGGUGACUGAGGUGCCCAGCCUGCUGCUGCAGAGCUCUCCUUGGAGUGCUUUUUACACAGUAGAUAACCAGGUUCUGCACUGGAACAGAGUAUACACGUUAUUACCAUUUAAAAGGAUUUAAAAGUAUUUAUUUGUUUUAUGUGUUGUUUAUUGCUUAAAGGCGAUGUUGAGGUCAGUUCCUCUUGGCUGUGUUAAAGAAACAAAAUACGCAGUGAGAAAUGAUGCUUAAAUGGUACUGAGAGCGACUGAAUAAACGGAGUGAGACUGGCACGAAGUGAGUACCUGUUGGAAAAGUCAGUUACAAACUUUGAUUGUACUGGACUGUAGGGAACAUGUCUAAAUAGCAGAACCAUGUGGUAUGAGGUAGGAAAAAGGAAACAAAACCCUGUCCCGUUUCUGAAAGUAACAUCUUCACUGAGGUGUGAACGUGUUGGCGCAGUCUUGAAAAAUGUGACUGCUGCGCUGGCUCACGAAUCCAAUUAGAUGUAAGUAAACCCUGAGAGCUUCAGAGGAGUUUCAUUCACAAAUUAAGAUUGAUUUCCAUUCUUCAGACUGCGUCUUGCCCUAUAAAUAAUUUCCCUCUAAAUUAGAAAUGGUGAAAGUUGAACAUUCCUUGAGGGUGGGUUUGGGGGGACUCACUUAUGUAAGACUAUAACUUAUUCCUGGAGACCAAUGCUGGCUGUACAAAAUAUUAAAAUAAACUCUGCUAUAAUUCA